ACUUAUGAAUUGGACUCAUUUUGAGACAAGAGAUUGUGGAAUUACUCUAUGUCUUGGUUAUGAUGGAAGUUAUUUUGAGGAAGUGUAAAUCAUUCUAAACGUUCGGAGAAUGAGUUAGCUUGCCGAAGUUAUUUUUUAUGAACAUUUAAAACGUAUUGUGAUUGAACUGAAAGGUAUUCUACGAGUACAGAAAUUACUCCAAGAAUAGAAAAGUUGUUGGUAAAUGCCUUGAACCAGCACCAUAUCUUCGGAGAAGAAGCUUUCGGGAGAUCGACGUAGCGGAUUAACCAGAGAUGAGGAUCGGCUAAAGGCAACUGGCAAGUUAAUUGAAUUGAGAGAGGUGUGAGUCUUGCACCCCAACACCACAUUGUCUCUUGAUGUUGUCUAGAGAACGUUAGAACGUGACGACCAUGACAGGACCCAAAUAAAAUGGGAAUUUCACGACAGAAACUGAAAGAAGAGAUUAUGAGUUGCCAUAGCAACUGGACAUAACAAGAUACGAGAGCUGUUUCCAAUAGUUGUAUUGAGUCCACCAAACCAGGUGAACUAAGUUAUGAGUGCAAUUGCAUAAAAGACUUGAGAAAGUAAUAGCGGUAAAAUAAGCCACAGAGAAGGCCUCAGUUUUGCCACUAAGAAGAUUGGGUGUGGAGAAUAAUUAGUUUCCACACCCGGACAUGGAGCAGACGCCGACACCGUUGUCAGUCACCGACGCCGACUGCCGCAGUUGCUGGUCACCGGUGCCGACAAGGCAUCCGCUUGCCGACGGCGACGCUGAAACCACCACUCAGUGUCGCCUGUGCCAGUGUUCUCUACUGGCGCUGAUUACACAUCCGCUCACCAUCCUACCGCUCACCCGCACACCAAGAACACUACGCCGGGUGCCUGGCAGGUUGCCUACCAAACGGAUGGGAGCCCAGAGCGCGCAGCGUUGCGCGAUAGCGCAGCGGUUAUUGGGAAAAGUUCCCGCUGGUCCGAAAAAUGGCCGUCACGUGCCCCCGCUCGCUCGCGCCCAGGGAGGAGAUUGAUUCGCCGAGCACGAUGGAUCGCACCCGUCUCGCUACCACGGCGGUCUCCACCGCCACCUGCUGCAUCUAGGCGACGACAUUUCUUACGCGCAGAAAACCGGCGAGCGCUCCAGUUCGAAGGACGUCUCACGGUUUCUUCUGUAAAUGGCCAACAUUAUUCAGGUGAACAGGUUCGUACCGUUUCCUCGAUACGAGGACCAGCUACGCACAGCUCAGCACUUCCGAAAAAAAGUCCUUGUAAAACACCUUACGGUAAAUGAAGUAAACUGAAAGAUGUCGAUCUUCAAUAUCAUUAUGCAUAGUUUAGUAAAUAAAAUGUCUGAAAG